AUUCUCGGAACGCUUCUGCGCCAGCAGCGCAGAGCCGGGCCCUAUAGGCGGAGGAGGGUGGAGCUCCUUUUGCGUAGGCAGGGGCGGGGAGGAGGCUUGUCCUAACCGGGCCCAGGUGAAUGGAGGAGCCUGACAGUUAAAAGAGGCGGAGGCGAGGAAAUGGCGGCGGCGGGGGCAGGAGCGGCAGCGGCAUAAUGAGGCGACGCCUGUAACCAGGGCAGCUCCAGGCUAGGUCUCGCCUGGCAGGAUAUCUAGGUUUGAAACAAAGUUACAGGCUUGGAAACUCUGGAUAAGCUCAAUAUCAAGAUUCAAGGAGCUGAGCAGCAAUGUGAUUAGCCUCGAAGCAGAUAUAAUGGUGUCAAAAUGCAGUUCAGAAAACAUAUACUUAGAGGGCACAGAAACUAAUACGUAAGCUGUGUUGGAACAAAAAUGCAAUGAAAGAAACACUGGAUGAAUGAAUGAAAAGCCCUGCUUUGCAGUUCCUCAGCAUGGCAGGACUACAACUCAUGACCCCUGCUUCCUCACCAAUGGGUCCUUUUUUUGGACUUCCAUGGCAACAAGAAGCAAUUCAUGAUAAUAUUUACACACCAAGAAAAUACCAGGUUGAACUGCUGGAAGCAGCUCUGGAUCAUAAUACAAUAGUCUGUUUAAACACUGGCUCAGGGAAGACUUUUAUUGCAGUACUACUCAUUAAAGAACUGUCUUAUCAGAUCAGGGGAGAUUUUAACAAAAAUGGAAAAAGAACAGUAUUCUUGGUCAACUCUGCAAACCAAGUUGUUCAGCAAGUGUCAACUGUUAGGACGCAUUCAGAUCUCAAGGUGGGAGAGUAUUCAAGUUGGGAAAUAACUGAAGCAUGGACAAAAGAGAAAUGGAACCAAGAAUUUGCUAAGUAUCAGGUUCUGGUAAUGACCUGUCGUGUCGCUUUGAAUAUUUUAAAAAAUGACCAUUUAUCCCUGUCAAACAUUAAUCUUCUUAUUUUUGAUGAGUGCCAUCUUGCAAUUCAGGAUCACCCCUAUCGAGAAAUUAUGCAGCUUUGUGAGAGUUGUCCAUCAUGCCCCCGAAUUUUAGGAUUAACAGCUUCCAUUUUAAAUGGGAAAUGUGAUCCAGCAGAGUUAGAAGAGAAGAUUCAGAAAUUGGAGAACAUUCUAAAGAGUAGUGCGGAAACUGCAACUGAUUUAGUGGUUUUGGACAGGUAUACUUCUCAGCCUUGUGAGAUUGUGGUAGAUUGUGGACCAUAUGCUGACAAAAGUGGGCUCUAUGAAAGGUUGUUAACGGAGCUGGAUGAUGCACUUCACUUUCUGAAUGAUUGCAACAUAUCUGUGUUGUGUAGAGAGAGAGAUUCUACCUUAAUUUCUAAACAGAUACUGUCAGACUGCCGAGCAGUGUUGCUUGUUCUGGGACCCUGGUGUGCUGAUAAAGUAGCUGGGAUGAUGGUGAGAGAGCUACAGAAGUACAUAAAGCAUGAGCAAGAGGAGCUGCACAGGAAAUUUUUAUUGUUUACAGAUACUUUCCUAAGGAAAAUACAUGCACUCUGUGAAGAGCACUUCUCACCUGCCUCACUUGACCUGAAAUUUGUAACCCCAAAAGUAAUAAAACUGCUUGAAAUUUUGCGUAAAUACAAGCCCUAUGAACGGCAACAGUUUGAAAGUGUUGAGUGGUAUAAUAAUCGGAAUCAGGAUAAUUAUGUGUCCUGGAGUGAUUCUGAGGAUGAGGACGAAGAUGAAGAAAUAGAGGAGAAAGAGAAAACGGAAACUAAUUUUCCUUCUCCCUUUACUAAUAUUUUAUGUGGAAUUAUUUUUGUGGAAAGAAGAUACACAGCAGUUGUUUUAAACAGGUUGAUAAAAGAAGCUGGCAAACAAGACCCAGAGCUGGCUUACAUCAGCAGCAAUUUUAUAACUGGACAUGGCAUUGGAAAGAAUCAGCCCCGUAGUAAACAGAUGGAAGUAGAAUUCCGAAAGCAGGAAGAGGUACUUAGAAAAUUUCGAGCACACGAGACCAACUUACUAAUUGCAACUAGUAUUGUAGAAGAGGGGGUUGACAUACCAAAAUGCAAUUUGGUGGUUCGUUUUGAUUUGCCCACAGAAUAUCGUUCCUAUGUGCAGUCCAAAGGAAGGGCCAGGGCACCUAUCUCAAAUUACAUCAUGCUAGCAGAUUCAGACAAAAUCAAAUGUUUUGAAGAAGAUCUUAAAACCUACAAGGCAAUUGAGAAGAUCCUGAGGAACAAAUGCUCGAAGUCUGUGGAUACUAGUGAAACGGAAAAUGAACCCAUUAUAGAUGAUGAUGAUAUCUUCCCACCGUAUGUGCUAAGACCAGAAGAUGGCGGUCCAAGAGUCACAAUAAACACUGCUAUUGGGCACAUUAAUAGGUACUGUGCUAGACUGCCAAGUGACCCUUUUACUCAUCUGGCUCCCAAGUGUAAAACUAGAGAACUCCCUGAUAACACAUUUUAUUCAACUCUUUAUCUACCUAUCAAUUCUCCUCUACGAGCAUCAAUAGUUGGUCCUCCAAUGAAUUGUACAAGAUUGGCAGAGAGAGUUGUUGCUCUUAUUUGCUGUGAAAAAUUGCAUAAGAUUGGUGAACUGGAUGAUCACUUGAUGCCUGUUGGGAAAGAGACAGUGAAAUAUGAGGAGGAACUUGAUUUGCAUGAUGAAGAAGAAACCAGUGUUCCAGGAAGGCCAGGCUCUACAAAACGAAGGCAAUGCUACCCUAAAGCUAUUCCAGAAUGUUUGACGGAUAGUUAUCCCAAACCUGACCAACCCUGUUACCUUUAUGUAAUUGGAAUGGUAUUAACUACCCCUCUACCUGAUGAGCUGAACUUCAGGCGGCGAAAGCUAUAUCCUCCUGAAGAUACUGCAAGAUGUUUUGGAAUACUGACAGCCAAACCUAUACCUCAGAUACCUCACUUUCCUGUGUAUACCCGCUCGGGAGAAGUGACCAUAUCUAUUGAGCUAAAGAAAUCAGGAUUCACUUUGUCUUUACAAAUGCUUGAGUUGAUAACAAGACUUCACCAGUACAUUUUCUCUCACAUUCUUCGGCUUGAGAAACCUGCACUAGAAUUCAGACCUACCAAUGCUGAUUCAGCCUAUUGUGUUCUACCUCUUAAUGUUGUUGAUGGCUCCAGCACUUUGGACAUUGAUUUUAAAUUUAUGGAAGAUAUUGAAAAAUCUGAAGCACGUACAGGCAUUCCCAAUACACAGUAUACAAAAGAGACACCUUUUAUUUUCAAAUUAGAAGACUACCAGGAUGCAGUUAUCAUUCCAAGGUAUCGAAAUUUUGAUCAGCCUCAUCGAUUUUAUGUUGCUGAUGUCUACACAGAUCUUACUCCACUGAGCAAAUUUCCUUCCCCAGAAUAUGAAACUUUUGCUGAAUAUUAUAAAACCAAGUAUAACCUUGACCUGACCAAUCUCAACCAGCCAUUGCUGGAUGUGGACCACACAUCUUCAAGACUUAAUCUUUUGACUCCUCGUCAUCUGAAUCAGAAGGGGAAAGCUCUCCCAUUGAGUAGUGCUGAGAAGAGGAAAGCUAAGUGGGAAAGUCUACAGAACAAGCAGAUUCUGGUUCCAGAACUCUGUGCUAUCCAUCCUAUUCCAGCAUCGCUGUGGAGAAAAGCAGUUUGCCUCCCCAGCAUUCUUUAUCGUCUUCACUGCCUUUUGACAGCCGAGGAACUCAGAUCCCAAACCGCCAUUGAUGCUGGUGUAGGAGUUAAGUCACUUCCUUCAGAUUUCAGAUAUCCUAACCUGGACUUUGGGUGGAAAAAGUCUAUUGACAGCAAAUCCUUCAUCUCUGCUUCUAGCUCUUCUGUAGCAGAGAAUGAAAAUUAUUUCAAGCACAGCACAAUUGUAGUCCCUGAAAAUGCUGCAUAUCAAGGUGCUAAUAAAACCUCUUCUGCAGAUAAGCAUGACCAAAUGUCUGUGAGCUACAGAACAUUGAUUGAGUCACCUAGUAAACUCCAAAAUGACGUCUCAGUAGAACUGGCAACAGUUAAUGGUGUUUCUUACAAUAAAAAUCUUGCCAACGGCAAUUUUGACUUAGCUAGCCGAGACUUUUGCCAAGGAAAUCAGCUAAAUUACUCCAGGCAGGAAAUACCUGUACAACCAACUACCUCGUAUCCUAUUCAGAAUUUAUACAACAGUGAGAACCAGCUCAAGCCCAGCAAUGAAUGUACUCUACUGAGUAAUAAAUAUCUUGAUGGAAAUGCUAACAAAUCUACCUCAGAUGGAUGUCCCAGAAUGGCCCUGAACACCAGUGCUUCAGAUGCUUGUGAUCUUUCAAAGGAAAGAAUGGAUUCUGUAACAAGCCCUUCCAAGGGAUACUCCUCAAAAACCCUUGGCCCAAACCCUGGUCUCAUUCUUCAGGCUUUGACUCUCUCAAAUGCUAGCGAUGGAUUUAAUCUGGAGCGUCUUGAAAUGCUUGGUGAUUCAUUUCUAAAGCAUGCCAUCACUACAUAUUUGUUUUGCACUUACCCUGAUGCUCAUGAGGGACGCCUGUCGUAUAUGAGAAGCAAAAAAGUCAGCAAUUGUAACUUGUAUCGUCUUGGAAAAAAGAAAGGGCUUCCUAGUCGCAUGGUGGUAUCUAUUUUUGACCCACCUGUCAACUGGCUUCCUCCUGGUUACAUAGUAAACCAAGACAAGAGUAAUGCAGACAAAUGGGAAAAAGAUGAAAUGGCAAAAGAGGGAUUGAUGUCUAAUGGAAAACUUGAUGAUGAUUAUGAUGACGACGAUGAUGACGACUUAAUGUGGCGAGUACCCAAGGAGGAAGCUGACUUUGAGGAUGACUUUAUGGAAUACGAUCAGGAGCAUAUCAAAUUCAUUGACAAUAUGUUAAUGGGUUCUGGAGCAUUUGUGAAGAAAAUAUCCCUUUCCCCAUUUUCACCCACUGAUAACAGUUAUGAAUGGAAACCACCCAAAAAAUCAACCUUGACUAAUGUUCAGUUUGCAUCAGAUUUUGAUGAUUUUGAUUACAGCUCAUGGGAUGCAAUGUGCUAUCUAGACCCUAGCAAGGCUGUGGAAGAGGAUGACUUUGUAGUGGGUUUCUGGAAUCCAUCAGAGGAAAACUGUGGUAUUGAUGCUGGAAAACAGUCCAUCUCCUAUGACCUACAUACAGAACAAUGCAUUGCUGACAAAAGCAUUGCAGACUGUGUGGAAGCCCUUCUGGGCUGCUAUCUGACCAGCUGUGGUGAAAGAGCUGCGCAGCUUUUCCUUUGUUCACUGGGGCUAAAAGUGCUUCCGGUUAUUAAGAAAACUGAUUGGGAGAGUGCUCUGUAUUCCUACAGAGAGCAUUUUAACAGCCAGCAGAAACAUUCUUCAGCAAUCUGUGUUUCUGCCUCUCUAGCCAAUCAAGAGUCUUCUCUGUAUAAAGACUUGAUGUAUGGCUGUUUAAAGAUUCCUCCAAGAUGUAUGUUUGAUCAUCCAGAUGCUGAGCGAACCUUACAUCACCUUAUAUCUGGCUUUGAAAACUUCGAGAAGAAAAUUAGCUACAGUUUUAAGAAUAAGGCUUAUCUACUUCAGGCAUUUACUCAUGCCUCCUAUCAUUACAACACCAUUACUGAUUGUUACCAGCGGUUGGAAUUCCUGGGAGAUGCAAUUUUGGACUACCUCAUAACCAAGCACCUUUACGAAGACCCACGGCAGCACUCUCCUGGAGUUCUAACAGACCUGCGAUCUGCUCUUGUUAACAACACCAUCUUUGCCUCAUUGGCUGUAAAGUACGACUACCACAAAUACUUCAAAGCUGUCUCUCCCGAGUUGUUUCAUGUUAUUGAUGACUUUGUGCAGUUUCAGAUGGAAAAAAAUGAAAUGCAAGGAAUGGAUUCCGAGCUCCGAAGAUCUGAAGAAGAUGAAGAAAAAGAGGAGGACAUAGAAGUACCAAAAGCCAUGGGGGAUAUAUUUGAGUCACUCGCUGGUGCCAUUUACAUGGAUAGUGGAAUGUCUCUUGAAAUGGUUUGGCAAGUGUACUAUCCAAUGAUGAGGCCAUUAAUAGAGAAAUUCUCUGCAAAUGUGCCCCGUUCCCCAGUACGAGAGCUGCUGGAAAUGGAGCCAGAAACAGCUAAAUUUAGUCCUGCAGAAAGAACCUAUGAUGGAAAGGUCAGAGUAACUGUGGAAGUUGUAGGAAAGGGAAAGUUCAAAGGUGUUGGAAGAAGCUAUCGGAUCGCCAAAUCUGCUGCAGCAAGAAGAGCUCUACGAAGCCUCAAAGCAAAUCAACCUCAGGUUCCAAAUAGCUGAGACACCUCUUAAAAACAACAACCACACACUCAAUAGAGAAAGUUAAAAAGAUAUAUGUUGAGAGGAACAAACUGAAGACAGCAUUUAAAGUUUGAUAACAAAUAGCUAACAACAUUUAACAUGUACACAUAAUUUUGGAACGAAAUGUAGUUAUAGGUUUUUUUUUGCGCAAACACAAUCUUGUCUUCUUUCCUCACUUCUGCUUUGUUUAAUCACAAGAGUGCUUUAAUGAUGACAUUUAGCAAGUGUUCAAAAUAAUUGUUGUCAGGUAUCUUUGGUUUACUUUGUCAGUACAGCUUUGCUUAGUGUUUAAAGGCCAGGGAGCUUAUGCCUAUUGCAGUUACUAGAUUUAUAUAUAUAUAUAUAUGUAUAUAUAUAUAUAUAUAUAGUAAUCUUGAAAUUCCUCAAAUCUGUGCACUAGUGCCAGUCACGAAGCAGUUUAUAAACUGCACCGGAUGAUUUGGUGUAAGGAUUAAGUGUGCCAGUAUUGUCCUUGUUCUUUCCAUGCCAUUUUUGCAUUAAGAUGGCAUUCCCAAUCAUUAUUGCACUUGUUUGUUAGGGACAGGUUUAAAUUGAAACGUCUGGCAUCGGAUAGAUUUUAAAACCGAUGCCGCAUAGUCUUGCAUCAAAAGGUUCUUGCCUUAAAAGUACAUAAGCCCUCACUAAUGCAACCUUUCAUUUCUGAACUCCUUGGAGCAAACUGUAUUACAUUCCCUUCAUUUUUAGAACGCAUUUUACAAUGAUGAAGCUCCAUAUUUACAGUACAACAUGUUAGUUUAGCUGUGACCUAACUUACUACAGGACUGUAAUAGAAAUCGUAUUCAUAUAUAUGUAGUGAGGUUAUUUUUUAACGAUUCAGAGGAAAUGGUUAGUACAGAUCUUAUUUGUUAUUGCAAACAGAAAAGUCUUUCGCUGAUUUCCAUUGUUACAGAAACUGAGACUGAGCACAGUCCAUCACUCUUGUGGAACUUCCUUUCCCUUCAAGGGACUUGUGCAAGAGAUUUUAUUGGUGGAUUGCAGGCAUUGCUUCCAGUAUUGGAACUUUGUAAUAAUAGCGAAUUGCACAGUGCAAACUGUUGCUUUAAAAAGAACUUUUGACAUAUCGCACCUAAAAUAUGCUGCAGAUUUUAUAUUGGAUACAUAUUUAACAAACGGAGCACCUUUACACAUUUAAGAGCGAUUUCCACGUAAAUUUCUUACUGUACUUUUCAGAAUUGCAUGCAUAUUUCACCUACCAAAGCUGUGCUGUUAAAUGCCAUGGAAGUUGUGUGAGAGAAAUUGCCAUACUUUUGAUACAUCUGUGAUUUAGGUCCUUUACCUUAGAAUAACUAGCUCAUUAUUGUUGUUUCAGUUGAUAUGAAAGCAUACUUUUUAGGCUAUGCCUAAGUUUCUUUAGAUAUUUGUAGGCACCCUUCACUUAAAUACCUCAGUUCUUCUUUGUUCUUUUGUGUCUUUUUUCCCUUUUGCAUGCAUUUUUGUUUGUUUUUGGUGCUAUGUGUAUGUAUUAUGCUUGAAAUUUUAAUUUUUGCACUGUAACUAUAAUACCUCUUAAUUUUACCUUGUUUAAAAAGCUGUGGGUCUUCUUGCACUCCCACCAAUAUCAAUAGAGGUUUGCUGCAAUUUUACCCCAUUAAUUAUGCUUGAAGUUUGAGAGAGCUGAGCAAGUUUUUUUUUUAAUGUUUUCCAGCACAGUGGUCUGCUCUUGAUGCUGUUUUGUGUGUUAAAUUACAGAUAAUACUGUGUUCUGUGUUAAAGACACCCCCCCUUCCUCACACAUGUGCAUUCAAAAUUUAAAGAGGG